CAAGUUGUAUAAUUUGCAAACAUUUAGAUUCAUGUAUUGCACAUAUCUGAAAAUGCCUUCGGAAGGAAUUGGCUAUUUAAUCAACUUGAGGCAUAUUCACUUCUAUGGAGAGGAGCAGAUGCCUGCAAACAUUGGGAGGCUAACUAGUCUUCAAACUUUGCAAGAUUCCUUCUAUGUGGGUACAAGAAAGGGCCUUAAAAUUGAAGAAUUGGGCAGCUUAAGCAAACUCAAGGGAAGUUUGAAGAUCAGGUAUCUUGAGCGUGUUAACGACAAAUUAGAAGCAAAGCAAGCAAAAUUACAUGAGAAGGCAGUCGACGAGUUGGAAUUAUGGUGGGAAUUGGGCAGGAGUGAAGUAGAAUUAGAAGGUAAUCAUGAUGAAGAGGUUUUGGAAGGCCUCCGACCUCAUCCAAAUCUGCAGAGAUUAGUAAUUGAUUGUUAUGGAGAAGAGGUGGAGGAAUCCCUAGAUUUCAGUUUCAUUCACCACAUCCACGCCUCCCUUGAAAAGUUGAGUUUGGAUGGAUGGGAAAAACUAACUCAACUUCCGCAUCAAAUUCAACAUCUGAUUGCUCUAAGGGAAUUGGAAAUUCGAAACUUCAGCAAAUUGGAUGCUUUACCGGAGUG